UGUGCAGUCCCAGCAGCUGCUGCAACAUUUCUUUUGAAAAGCUCUCCUCCCUCCCACCCACAUCUCACCCCACUUCACCCUCUUGUGUCUCUACUAACCAAGGCCACCGAAAGCUGGGCUGCUUGCCUCAUGCCUGUGUCACUAACUUUGUUCUAGAGGGCAGCUUGCUACUGGACUUUGAUCAACUAACAUGGCAGCUUCUGUUUUGCUGGAGUUUGGAUUGAAGGUCAGUUGAGCUCUUCCUCCUCUAUGUCCUAGCCUGUGUGGGCAUGAGCACCUAGACCCAGUGCAUGCUGAAUGCUUGGAAGACCUAAGGUGACAGCACUGAGGAUGGUUUAGCUAAAUGACUAAAUUAAAUAAUAAUAAAUAAUAAAAUUUAGGUGAAACAGUCUGAAGUUCAGUAAGGCUAUGACUGCCAGAAAUGGUGGAAAAACAGGGCCUGGGAGACAAUCACCAUUGCUGAGAUGUAGUUGCUGUGUGGGAGCCAGUUCCUAGGCUAGCCAUUACCUCACUUACUCACAAGUGCUCCUGAGGAGAUGUGGAGGUAGGGACAAGUCCUAGGUUCCAUUCCCAGGCUCCCUAUGCCUUGGUCUGUGUAGAGCAGCUCAUCAGCCUGGUCAGGAUUUGGCUGCAUGCGUGUGAGUGCCACAGUGGAAGACCCUUACUGCUCUUCCUGGCUCCUGCUACACAGUUUUUCUGCAUGGCAUCCUGGGUUUUACUGAGUUUGCCGCUCAGUCUCUUGUUUGUCUGAUGUUGUCGACACAAAAAUCUUGUCCCAGGGCUGCUUGGGAGUCCUGUGGUUGGAGGUGUUGGGAGCAAGAGGCCGUGUGGCCAGUUUGUGCUCUUCAGAGGGGAGAUGAAUGGGUUUUGGAGAGGUCUAAAGAGCCGUGGGUUGAACACCAGAGGGCACGGUCGCUCUUUGGAGCUCUGGUGCUCUGCUGUGCAACUCCUGCCCUUUCUCUGCAGCUGACUUCAGCUGGGUGUUGUGACAUGUCCCUUCUGCAGGGUUGCUGGCCUUGACUCAUCGCUCCUGGUUUUGCUUUCUUCCCUUCUGCAAGAAAGGGAUUGGCAAAGCAUCUGCAUAGAGCUUUUUUUAUGCUGCUGUGGCUGAAGUGGCUGGUGAGCUUGAUGGCUUAAACUGGUCAGCUGCUGCUGUGGGCUGGCUGAUACUCAGAGGCAAGCCUCUAGCCAUGGCAGCUGUCAGCCAACUCCCCACUGCACAGGCUUGCGUGUCCUGGUACCACACAGAGCCUCAUAAUGGCAGCCACCCAACUUCUGCACCUGGAGUCUGGGUCACUCCUCCCACACAGCAAGUAUCUGGAGCACCCAGUGUCUCUGUGGGCAUGAGAGGAGGAGCUGAGAAACUCAGGAAGCAGAGCAAGGCAGCCCUGUGUUACUGGUCUGUGCUAAAGUGCUGGUCCAUUCCAGGAAGGGAGACAGUGGUCUGCUCUCUGCAUGGGCAUUGCUUCUUCCCCUCUCUGAAGGAUGAUGGGAGAAAAAAGCCCAUCAGUGAUUCUGGCAGAUGUGGGGAUGUUAAGAUGAAAGAAAAAAAAAAGGAAGCACAUAAGACCAGAUAUGCUGAGGGCAUUUAGAACAACAAGGGUGGAGAAGAAAAAACUCCAACUUUUCCUCCUGCCCUCCCAUUUGUUGCAGUGGGACAAGUUGACAUUCAGCAAAACCAAAAAAUAAUAGAUUUAACAUUCUUAAAAGGAGUCACUUCAAUUUUGAUGUGAGGUGCAGUAGAAGAAGAUUUAGUCACUUUCUGCCAUGAGGUGAAAAAGUGAAACCAAAGGUUAGACAUUAUAUCAGUAACAGGGUCACAGUUAACAAAUGCCACUUGUGUGGCAUGUCAGCAUGUGCUUUGCUUAGUCACAGGGUCAUGAUGAAGGCUUGGGAGGUGUCUUUCCUGUCUCAGGCUUUGUGGUGUAGAGAGAUCACUGGGGACUGGGCUACCACUGGGGACUGGGCUUCUCAGGGAUGCUGAGCAGUUCUCCCCCUUGCAGACAACUGCAGGGCCUGCCACUUGUGAUGUGGUUUCAGGUGUGUGGGACCAGGAUCUCCUCGCAUGGAAAGUCUUGCUCAGGGCUGCGUGGGCCUGGGGAGCCUCUUGGCCUGGAGCAGUGGUUUCUGCUUGAACACAGCAGACUGAAACCCGUGACAGCAGCAUUCGGAGCUGCUGGUCUCCAUCACAACCCAUUCACCCGUCUGCAUGUUAACAGGCUGAGGGCUUACUAAGUUGCGGGAGUAGGAGGAGAAUGGCAGCAAGGUUUGCAUGACUGAACUUGAGGAGAGGGCUCUUGGGGUUCUUGCUCCUGCUGCCUCCAGGGACUUGGAGAAUUAGUGCCCUGGUCUCUUGGUGGUCAGAUUGACUUGGAAAGGAUUUUGGGGGCACCUGGAAUCCACUGUGAUCACCCUUCCAUGGUGUUUCCAUUGGAAAAAAUGGCUGUUUCCAUUUGUCAGUCUAGGUCCUGCCAGCUCAGGAGGGAGAUAGGAUUGUGGUGACUGUGAGAGGCAGCAAGUGGUAUCAGCAGGAGUCUCUGCUAUGCAUAGACCACAGAGGGCAGGAAGAGCAGGGUGGGCAUGGAGACAAGCUGGAAGCUUGAACCCUCCCUGGAAGGGUUCAAGGCCAGGUUGGAUGGGACUCUGAGGAACCUGGUCUCGUGGAAGAUGUUCCUGACUAUGGUAGUGGGGUUGCAAUGAGAUGCCCUUUAAAGUCUCUUCCAAUCCAAAUCAUUCUGUGAUUCUGGGCUAAGCUUCCUUGGCUGGAGGUGGGGCUGGCGAGGAACCACACAUAUCUCUUAUCAGGCUACUUUGCUCUGAAUGACUGACUAGUUGCAGCACAUCUUUAGUUUUCUCUUUGAUAAAACAUCCUGCCGUCCCAGUAAGUAAGUCUUAACAAUGAUGGACUGGGGCCUGUUCCUAGAGGCCCUUCUGCACCUGGCAGCAUAGCUGCUCUGGGGCUGUGACAGUGCUGGGACCUGCUUGACCGCUAGUGGCAACUGGCUCUUUCCUGGCAGUGGGAAGGGAAUUCUGAAGGAUGUGUAGAUACUCUGUGUUGGGAAGGAGGCAGAUCCUUCCAUCCUUCACCAGCUGGCAGUUUUGAGGGUGGAGAGGACUGACCAAGGUGAACAUCUCCUGCCUGCCCUGGGUAUCUCCAGCUCCCUUUCCUCUCUGGUGUUGUGAGAAAUGGGCUGAAUGAAAUCCUCAACAGCUUUGGCAAUGGACGGGUUCACUCGUGUGUCCUCCCCACACCCCUCUCCCACUGAUUCACAAAGGCCACUUGCUCUUCCUGCCAUGAUGGAGAUGACAGCAAUGGUGGUAGCUCAGUCUUUGGGUCUGGCUACCCUCUAUGAACGGCUUUCAAGUCACCCAUCGUAGAAGGCCGCUGGCUGCCUUUGCCACACUGGCUGCAGCCUCUGUGACAUGUUGUUAUGAUUGUGUUACUGUAGUCCCGCUCCAGGCCCCAAGGAGCACUGGGCACCGUCCAAACACACACACAUUCCUACGCACAGAGGAGAAGAGCUGUCUAAUUUUAGCCAUGACAUGUAGGCGAGGGGAAGGGGCAGGCAGGAGGGGGCAGGGUGUGAGAGGACAAGAUUUCAGCUGCAGCCACCCGCACUGACUCACUACAGCCUGUGUGUGGCUACUGGCUCUCAUUGCCCGGGUAAAUGACCAAAAUAACAAUAACUGGUGACAGCAUCGUAGAGUGAGCUAGCCUUUGUCGUGACCUUCCCUUCAUCUUUGCAAAGACCAAAGAGGAGACGGGUUUUGUGGCCCCAAAAGGGAGAUGGGAUCAGAUCCCUAGAGGUAGCUGGGGAACCCAGAUAGUGGUGAAGCAUGACGGAGAAGUCCCCAGCCUGGCUAUGAGAGGUCCCAUGGAGGGUUUUCACGGUGAAGGAAGACACAAAGUUCCUGAGACUUCUAUGGAACCUGCCUGGGCCAAAGAAUAACUCAGAAGCAAGUUACCUCCUGUGCAUGAAGACAGGCUCUCCGUGACUGGUGGCUUGACCCUCAUCAGCCAUGCAAACCCCUUUAUCCAAGUUCCAAGGAGGCAGGAGAGAAUCACCACUUUAGCGCGUUCUCCCUGUGUCUUCCUGCUGCCGCUGCCAGGGAAGCUGCGCCAUCCCCGAGGUGCAGUUGAGUGUUUGGAGAGCAGCUGGCACCGUGGGGACCCCUCUCUUUCCGGGCCUGCUGUGGUGCAGCGCCUGCGGCUGGGGGCGAGCCGGCCUCGGGGCUGCUCGGAGAGGAAGUGCAGUUGGCUAUUUUAACGAGAGCAGCGUGGGGAGGAGCAGAGGGAGAAGCCAAACACUCUCUCCAAACUAGGACUUAGUAGGGGAGGGCUGGCCCGCUGCUGCAGCGCGGCCACCGCUGCACACUCGGUGCCCACAGGACCCCUGCACUGCUCCGGAUCAGGUCACGGGGGCUUUUUCCCGCUAUCUCCCCUUUCCUUGUCCUGCUUGUCCCUCUCCCUCAUGCUUGCUGCUUUUGUUUGUGCUGGGUGGGGGAUGGGAGGGGACCUGGGGGGAGAGACAGCCCUUAGUUUGUAGGUAUGGUAUUUGGUUCCAGACCACUGUGAAGGGCAGGGGGAGCAGACCCCAGAAUCAUCCCCGAGACCCUCAACUUCGCUUCUGUCGAGCACUGUUAGCUGCCAGAGCCUGGAUCAAAGCCAAUCCACAGCAGUCCCCAGGGCUCAGGAGAGGGGUCUGCAAAACACAGCCACCAUGGCACUCAGUGGUGCCUGGCUGCUCUUUCUGUGGGGUUGCCCUGCCAGUGGUGUAUUUCCAGCCACCCGUUCUGCUGCUUUCGUCCUGCCAGUCCAUGUGGCAUGGGGUGGCAGCAGGAAAUUGCAGGUAGCAGAGGACAGGGAGCUAGCCUGUGCCUUGCCAGGACCCUCAGUCUUCAGCUGCUUUGCUUUGGAAUAGUUUGGGAAAGCAGAACAGAUUAGUGGACUCCUGGCAUAUCCUCUGGUGCUGGUGGCACUGUGAUUCCCUGCUUAUGCCAGGAGCAAUGGAAUGCCCUUCCUGAUCCCUGCUGUGGGCUGGAGGGAGGCAUGUGAGUCCCAUCUUUCUGGUCAGUGAUCAAUGCAUGUUGUGGAGUGCCUGAGGUUUUCUUGACUUUGCUUUGGGAGGUGCAGAGACUUACUAGCCCUGGGAAUCACUGCCUGUGUUCUGUAUCUGCCACACUGCAGCUCUGUUGUUACGCAAGGUUCAUUGCCUCCUCCCUGGGGCUGCUGACCUGGGCAGACACUGUGUAUUGCCCUGCCUGGGGCAGCACUGUGGCCAGUAGUAAUUUCUGUGCCGGGAUUUUGUCCUUGUGUGCUGGGGAAAAACUGUGGGGCUGCUCUGGGAGUUUGGAUCCAACAGCUGGGCUGUGGGACUGGCCACCCUUUAAAAAGUGCAUCCCUCCUUGUGAGGAACAGAGCUGUGUGUACUGAAUGAGGGGACCGCCACUGGGUGUGAUAAUGGGAAUCUGCAAAACAAACCAUGUUCUGAGUGCCUAAACCAUCAGGACACUCUGGCUGAGGUCCCUGCUGCCUGGCUUCAUGCGUGUCACUCUGGAAAGGAAGCUGAGAGAGGGAGAGAAGAAACUCUCCAACUCCUUCCCAGCCUGCAUCACUGGUCCUGCUGAUGGGACUAAAAUAGAAACUGUGUGGCCAGCCUCUCCCCCAACCCCUGCUCAGCCUCAGCCCCAGCACCAUGGGUGACGGUGGUGGCUCACCCUCUGCGUUUCAGCCCUGGUUAAUUCAUGGCUCAAGGCUGUCAGUCUUGCUGUUCAGCUCCUCAGCCAAAUGCAGCAACAGAUUGUUUACAUCAGUGCUGUCAGGUUUCUUGAUUGCUGGGAGGCAGAUUAUUUACUGUAGUGGCAUAUAAACUUCAUAACAUUAUGAUGGUGGAAAGUUGUCAAGGGAUAUAAAUGCCCAGAGUCAGCCCAAGAGGCUCCAAGGAGAUGGUUUUGGUUUAAAUUAAGAUAAAACACUGUCUUCCAUGGAUUUUGGGAAGGAAAUCACACUGUUGUAAUGGGAACAUUACUCUGAAUGUUAGGGCUGGCAAACUCUUGACUUUAUGAAGUCUCUGUGGAGGAUCUGAGCUACUCUGGCAGAUGUGCCUUGAAACAGAUCUCACGUUUGCCCUGAAAAGGUGGUGAAAAAGGAAAUGGCGCCAUGGCAUCGUGCAGAGCUUGGGGUGAGGUGGGAUGGAGCUGCCAUGGGAAGGGUGUUGGGAAAAUGCUAGGAACUGUAUAAAAAGUCUCAGUCCCUUCUGCUCCCAGCCCCUGUUCUUCUCAGAAAACCAAAUGUCACCAUUUUCUUGUGGAGGGCCAGGCAUGAAGGUGGUAUGGCUUUUGCCUUGCUUUGUUUGAGGCAUGGCUAGGCAGUGUCCUUCCACCUGGCUCUGCCACUUGGAGAAGCCUACUGUGACAAAACUGUCAAACUGUGGUGUUUCAUUUCUUUGCCUUUCUACCACCGUCCCCCUAGGCAGCUGCCAGUCCUUGGUGCUGCAUCUGUCAUCCUGACUUGCUCAUCUUAGAAAGCAUCUCUAUCUCCUCCCUGUGGUGUUCCCAGCUCCUGACUGGCUGUGAGUUGUGCUCUUGCUCAGCCAGGUACAAGAUGGAUACAGAGAGACUACACUGAUAUAGCUGCCUGUCCCUUGUGAAGCAGUGCUGUCCUGGGACCUCCAGAUUGGCCACCCAGAGUGCCCAGUGACACUGACAGUGUUAUGAGCACGUUGGCAAACAUGCUUAGAUAUUGCCAGAGGUGUCUUGCUCUCAUGCCCAUGCCCAGUAGUGCAGACAGGGACCUCUAUGCAUCACGUGCAGGGACCUCAGGGACCACAGGGCUGGGAGGAGGUCCUCUGCAGCUGCAUGCAUCUGACCACCAGCUGGUUUCUAAGCACUUGCCUUGCUUUCUCACUAGCAGAGAGGUCUGAAUUCAUCUUGAUCAGGCCCAGGACUCACUGAGAGAUAAGCUGAGAUGUGUUGCCCUCUGAGUACCCUGCUAGGAUCAGAAACUGGCUUCUGCAGCUUGGAGGGGCAACCUUACGGUUGCAGCAGUAAUUCCCUCCUCUGGAGGGUGACAGUACAACUGAGGAUGUCCUUGCCCUUGCUCUGGGAAUACCAUGCUCCUGCAGCUCAGAAGCCUGGAAUUGGCCCACAUAGGUGGUGGCACUUGUUGCAGUAGGUCAAAUGUGUGAAUCCUAAAAUAGAUGAGCACAGCACGUAGCUCACCCCUCGCGGUGCUUUGAAAGGCUCAUGGUUUGGAUGGAGCCUCCCUACCCCUGUGCUGGGGGGAGCCCCAUCUCCUUGCUUAUACUGGUCCUAGUGUGGCGGAGCUCCUGACUCUGUUUUAUUUGUCUGAUGAUAGGAGAGAUGACAGCUGGAAUGGAAAUUCUGAGUAGAAACAAAGCGCACAGUAUGGGAACUUGCUGAUUACUGCACACCUCACUGCAACCAAAGCCUGAGGGCUGCACCACAUCUUGACCAGCAUUUUCCCUUCCCCAUCUGGCACGGGGGCGCCUUCCUCAGCAGACUUUAUCUGUGCAGGUUGCUCUUGUAAGGUCAGAGAAGCCUGGCUGGGGAGCCCCAGGGAGAGAAGAGGUUGGUGAUGAUGUGUGGGAAGCAGGACAGGAGAGUGGGGACAGGAUCUCAGCAGGGGUGGUGUAAGGACAGUAGCAUACAUGGGAAGAUUGAAUAUCAGAGCACUGAAAGGGCAUUGUGGGUUGUGUAAGCUUGUGAUGGAAACAGAGGCUGAAGGCAACCAGUGGUGUGCCAGCGGGGUGGGAAUGAGCAACAGCUCUCUGGAUGGGCUCCUGGGUCCCUCAGUCCCUCCAGUGCCCUGGCAGGGAGGAGGCAGGGAGGCAGGGGAGAAGUCCAGGAGAUCUUGCUGUCACACAGGAGUGCCUAUUAAUAACACACUUUCCUUGUGGCUGAUCUGUAUGAGUCAAGUGUCUUUGCCAGGAGAAGACAGCUUGUAAACUGAAGUGGGCUCCUGUUCAAACUCUGCCAGCUCUAGUGCCACAGCAGCUUCCCAGCACCCACAUCUAGCCAGGAUGCAGGAAUCCAGCCAGCUGCCAUCAGCACAGGUGCUCGUCAUGGAACAGGGCAAAGCUCUCAGACUUGUUUCCCUGGUAGUCCCGUGGUUGGAAAAAAUGCUUUCCAGUUGACUAAUUGGAAGUUUGCUGAAAGGUCAGGAGGAGCUGAUGGUGUUAUUAUGUCCAGACUUCUCUGUGGCUCAAGGCUUGUGCAUUUAGUACCAGCAGUGUCCUGCAGUAGGGUCUUCUUGCCUCCUUUGGUGCCAGGAGAGGGGUGCCAGAUUUGUCACUAUAUGAAGGUAACCUGAGAUCUCUCUUGCUUCUGGGCACUGGUAGGAAUAGACCAGGCUGCUGGAGGGACAAAGGGAAUAAUAAUGUGGAGGAAGGGCCAAGAGGGUGUAUGGCAUAGGAUCCCUCUGCCUAUCGCAGAGAGCCUGUUAAGUAUGGUACAUGGGAGUUUGCUCUAGUGAAGCAAAGCAGAAUAGUUGAGGUGAAUAUCCAGAUUCUCUUCAUGAUGUGGGCAAAGAUUAUGUCAUGGGUGUCAUGGGGGGACACUGCAUGUUUAGCCCUAAGGGUCAGCCUGUCUGGUUUUGGAGCCACCAUCACCAAAUGAGAGAUAGCUGCUGGAUGUCUGGAGAGAUGUCUCCAUAAGAGCUGAUUCACAAGCUCUACGUCUACUGCAGUUACAAGAUGAAAGUUUUUUCUCUUCGAUCCCUGCUGUGCUUUCCAAGGGUGUUUAGAUCUUGAUGUGACAUGUUCCUGCUUCAGCAGCAUCUCUGCACUGAGGCCAGGCAGGAUGUGUAGGAUGCUUUGAGGAGUCUGGUAGUAAAAAACACCCCACCUUUCAAGAGCUCUGAUUGCAGAUCAUGAGCAGACCAGAGCUGCUGUCUUUUUCCUUAUUCACAGAAGGAGAUUGAAAUGACAGCGUGUAUCUGUUCAUAAGUAGAGUUGAUAUCCCAGUACAUGCAGCAAUACUUCCUUACUUUGCACCCUGCAAAUGCCAGGCUGCCUCAAUUCAGCCUCCUUACCUAACGGAGCCAAGUAAUGUGCUCUACAGAGCAGCCACAGGUGCUGGCUCCUCUCCAUCUUUUCUUGGUGACAAACAAUGGAGAUUCUAGAAAUAAGCUGGUGUUAGGCCUGGGGCUUCAAGGCUUAGCCCUUUUCGGGCUCCUCUCUGCCUAUUGCAUGGUUCCCCAGCUGCUCUGCACUCAGCUCUGCUAAUGCGUAUCAACCGUGGGCAGCCCAGCAGUUCGUCCAUCUGCUCCACCAGCAGCAGCUCUCACACCUGCAAUACCCCAUUUGGAGCUCAGGUUGGAAGUGAGAUGCAAGAGGUGGGGUAUGUACACCCAGCAUAUCUGAGCUGCCACAUGCUGCUGUCGUGAGCUGUCAGAUGGCAAUCUUGUAAUAACCUUCACCACUGGUGGUCAGAGCUUGAUACCAUGUGCCAUUUUCAGACAGCCCUGAAGACAAAAAGGUCUGCAGUCAGCUAGUGCUCAAACAUAAAUGUCAAACCAAGGUUGUUGUAGCAGAUUUCCUCACGAGACUGGUGCAAAGAGGAAGGAAGCUGUGUUAAGAGAUCUUCCUGCCCACAGCAGCAACACAGUAAGCGGUGGAGCAGCUUUGUGCUGGUGGAAUAUCUGGGGUAGGAGGGAACAGCCAUUCAGCUCAUUUGAGGUGCCUUUGGUCAGUAUGUCUCCCCCAGGAGCUAAAGCUGGCCAAAAAUGGUCUAUUGCAAUGUGCCACUGUGCCACACAUACUGUGUUCUUACUUGUAUUUUUUAAUAUGUUUUAUUUGUUCAGAACAGUUUUUAAUACCUGUUGGUGAUGGUGCUCAUUGGCAGCCAUCUGAGCAUGAUCCAGCGUGUGCCAAGUGGCCACAAAGGCCAACAGUAUCCUGGCCUGUGUCAGUAAGUGUGGCCAGCAGGACUGGAAAGUGACUGUUUCCCUGUACUCAGCACUGGUGAGGCCACACCUUGAGUGCUGUGUCCAGUUUUGGGCCCUCCUCCUGUCACUGAGGUGCUAGAGCACAUCCAGAGGACAGUACAGCUGGUGAAGGGUCUAUGGAACACAUCUUAGGAGGAACGGCUGAGGAAGCUAGAGGCUCAUGGGAGACCUUAUUGAGCUCUGUAACUACCUGAGAGGAUGUUGUAGCAAGGUGUGGGGGUCAGUCUCUUCUCCCAGGUAACAAGUGAUAGAACAAGAGUAAAUGGUCUCCAAGUAUACAGGGAAAGUUUAGAUUCUCUGAUUCUAUACUGUUUACUGUGCAUCAUCUUGCAGAUAAUAUGGAGAUGGUACAUGAAUGGAGCACUGCAGUGUUGGAAACAGGCUGGAAGCAGGGUUAUCAGCAAAAUGCUGAUGCCCUCUGCAAAGCUGCAUGGGCCUUGGGUGGAUGGAACCUUCUGUUGACCAAGUAUCUGUCUGCAUUGCUUGCAGUGGUAGGACUUGAGAAAUACUUCUGAGGAGGUGAUUCUUUGGGUUUCUUUCAGUUCAGCCAGGCUUUAGCUGCCCUGAUGCUGCUCUCUGGAGGCCAUUGCCUGCCUUCCUUCCUUCCUUCCUUUCCUUCCUUUCCUUCUUUCCUUCCUACCAAAUUUUCCUGCCCUGGUUUUACUGGCCUGGUCAGUUUUCUUCUGUAGGACUCACAAGAGCUCAAUUUCAUUUUGCUACGAAUUUGGUGGGACUGAUACCUAGUCAGAGUGGUUCCUGUGUGGAAACCAUGUGGAUCAGCAUCAGGAGAGUGGUAGGGGUAAUGGAGGUGCCAGGGCUGAUCAGCACCUUGGGGUGCACAGGGGUUCUGCUUAGUGGAGUACAGGGAAUGCAGAGGGUCCUGGCUAGCUGGUGACACCUGCCCUGCUAUUGCAGCCCUUUGGGCUGAGCUGUGAGACUCGUGGAGCAGUAAAGCUGUGGGGAGCAACACUACCACAUGCCUCAGGUAGCAUUGCCAUGUCUCCUACUCCCUGCUUCAGCCCUCUAUCCCUUGCUUCCCACUGUCCCCUUGCCCUGACAGCCACAGGGUGGCCUGGGACUCAUAGGGAAGCCUACUUAAUUCCUGGUCUCUGUGUUAACAGCCACCAUCCGGAUGCAAUGGAAACCUUUUUUAGGCGGCACUUUGGGCGGAAGGGGCUGCGGCACACCAGCGUGGUGGCUGUGCCCACGGGCAAGGCCAGGCGUCGCUCCCAGCCCCAGGUUUGCCGUGCAGAAGAAGCUCAGAGGCCAGGCGCAAGCCAUUGAUGCCCAGCUGCUGGGUCCCACUGUCCUCCUGGCCAGCCUCGUUCCCACGGGAGAGGAGGGGGACAGGGCUCACUGCACUGACAGCUCCACAUCUGAGUCUCCAGAGGACGGUGGUGCAGCAGCAGGAGCUGAGCAGGGCCAGCACGAGCAUAGUGCUGAGGAGACGUGGCUGGCCAUGCUGCCCCAGCUGCGGCCGCUCCAGGCAGGGCUGCUGUCGCGGGGCCCCCGCUGCCUGCGGCGCGCCUCCUCCCACCGCCUGCCCACCGAGGCCCUGCACGGCCGGGCUGCCUACGGCCUGCCAGGCCGCUACCGCCGCCUCAGCCAGCACCGGCGCUCCAGCGAUGCCCCUCAGCCUGGGCUGCUCCCCUCUGGCCACCCACAGCUGCUGGCCCAGCACUGUGCAGGAGUGGCUGGAACCAAGUGCCACUCUGCCACCCUCGUCAAGGGUUUGGGACCGGAGCCCACCUGCCACACCACCCCGGACGGCUGGAGCCCCCGGCUGCUGAAAGCUAUUGCCAAAUCCAGUCUCCAACACAUGGUAGCCCAGCCAAACCCGGCACUAGCCAUGAGGAGCGACUCAGAGAGGCAGAUACGCAGCACUGUGGAUUGGAGCGAGGCUGCGGUCUAUGGGGAGCACAUCUGGUUUGAGACCAAUGUCUCUGGGGACUUCUGCUAUGUUGGGGAACAGAACUGCAUGGCAAAGCUUCUGCAAAAACCUCUCUCCAGGCGCAAGUGUGCAGCCUGCAAGAUCGUAGUGCAUACACCCUGCAUCGAACAGCUGGAGAAAAUAAAUUUCCGCUGCAAGCCUUCCUUCAGGGAGUCAGGAUCCCGGAAUAUACGGGAGCCCAUUGUUGUCCGACAUCACUGGGUGCACCGGAGGCGGCAGGAGGGGAAAUGCCGGCAGUGUGGCAAGGGUUUUCAGCAGAAGUUUGCCUUCCACAGCAAAGAGAUUGUAGCCAUCAGCUGUUCCUGGUGCAAACAAGCGUAUCACAGCAAAGUAUCAUGUUUCAUGCUGCAACACAUUGAAGAGCCCUGCUCACUAGGGGCUCACGCUGCUGUCGUCGUUCCUCCCACCUGGAUUCUGCGAGUCCGGCGGCCCCAGAAUCCACUGAAAUCUAGUAAGAAGAAGAAGAGGACAUCAUUCAAGCGGAAAUCCAGCAAAAAGGGGGCUGAGGAAGGGAGGUGGAAACCCUUUGUCAUCAAGCCCAUGCCAGCUCCUCUCAUGAAGCCCUUGCUGGUGUUUGUGAACCCCAAGAGCGGUGGGAAUCAGGGAGCCAAGAUCAUCCAAUCCUUCAUGUGGUAUCUCAACCCACGGCAGGUUUUCGAUCUCAGCCAGGGUGGACCCAAGGAGGCGCUGGAGCUGUACCGCAAAGUCCACAACCUCCGGAUCCUGGCAUGCGGGGGAGAUGGCACGGUGGGCUGGAUACUCUCCAUUCUGGACCAGUUACGCAUCAACCCACCUCCUCCUGUGGCCAUCCUACCUUUGGGGACAGGGAACGACUUGGCCAGAACACUGAACUGGGGUGGGGGUUACACAGAUGAGCCUCUGUCCAAGAUCCUAUCACAUGUAGAAGAUGGGAACAUAGUACAGCUCGAUCGCUGGAAUCUCCAUGUGGAGCCAAACCCUGACACAAACCCUGAGGAAAAGGAUGAGGCAGCUGCUGACAAGCUCCCUUUGGAUGUCUUUAAUAACUACUUCAGUCUUGGCUUUGACGCACGUGUGACGCUGGAGUUCCACGAAUCCCGAGAGGCCAACCCAGAGAAGUUCAACAGCCGGUUUCGGAAUAAAAUGUUCUAUGCUGGGACGGCCUUCUCCGACUUCCUCACCGGGAGCUCCAAAGACUUGGCGAAGCAUGUCAGGCUGGUUUGUGAUGGGAUAGACCUGACCUCCAAGAUUCAGGACCUGAAGCCCCAGUGCCUGGUCUUCCUUAACAUCCCAAGGUACUGUGCAGGCACCAUGCCCUGGGGCAACCCUGGGGAGCACCAUGACUUCGAGCCCCAGCGCCAUGAUGAUGGUUGCAUUGAAGUUAUCGGCUUCACCAUGACAUCACUGGCUGCCUUGCAAGUCGGUGGCCAUGGGGAGCGGCUCUGUCAGUGCCGGCAGGUGGUUCUCACCACAUCCAAGGCCAUCCCCAUGCAGGUAGAUGGAGAGCCCUGCAAGCUGGCAGCUUCCUGCAUCCACAUCUCUCUGCGCAACCAAGCCAACAUGGUGCAGAAGACCAAACGACGCAACUCCAUGCCACUGCUCAAUGACCAGCAGCCAGUGCCCGAGCGACUGCGGAUCCGGGUGAGCCGCAUCAGCAUGCGUGACUAUGAGGCACUGAACUAUGACAAGGAAAAGCUCAAGGAAGCAUCUGUGCCACUGGGGAUCAUCGUGGUUCCAGGAGACAGUGACCUAGAGUUGUGCCGGACCCAGAUUGAGAAGCUGCUGGAGGAUUUCCCUGCACAGCCCUCUGCUUUAGAGCGCCUGCUCUUCCAGGAGGGAGAUGGAGCCAAGCCGAAGACACUGUCAUUCCAGAAGCUGUCACCCAAGUGGUGCUUCCUGGACUCAACCACGGCCGAUCGGUUCUACAGGAUAGACCGCGCACAGGAACACCUCAACUAUGUGACAGAGAUCUCUCAGGAUGAGCUCUAUGUGCUGGACCCAGAGCUAGUAGUCACUCAGACUGUGAGCACUUCUCCUGCCAUGCCUGACCUCGUGGACUCAUCUGCCACACCCCCUGGGCACCAUUUUACAUUUCCUUCCUGUUCCUCCUCUCCACCCUCCUCUCCUGCCCCUGGUGCUGAGCCUGAGCACUGCCUCCCACAUAAAGAUGACCUUCUGAUAGAAGCUGCCAGGAGUGGCAACUUCAGCGAGUUCCAAGAGCUGCACCGAGCUGGAAGAGACCUGAUGGUGCGAGAUUCCUCGGGCCAGACUGUGCUCCACCAUGCUGUCAAAUCAGGAAGCAAGGACAUCGUCAAAUACAUCAUUGAGAAUGCUCCCUCAGAAAUCCUUGAUGCCACAGAGGAGGAGAACGGUGAAACCAGCUUGCACCAGGCUGCAGCCUUACGCCAGCGCACUAUCUGCCACUACAUCGUGGAGGCCGGGGCCUCGCUCAUGAAGACAGACCUGCAGGGAGACACCCCGAAGCACCGUGCUGAGAAAGCCAAUGACCCCGACUUAGCUGCCUACCUCGAGAACCGACAGCACUACCAGAUGAUCCAGCGGGAGGACCAGGAGACAGCUGUGUAGUGCUUGGCGUGCCUUAGACCGAGCCAGCUCGUGCAGGAUGAGAAGAUGUACAAUACCAACUGGCAGAGCUGUAUCUGGCCCAGCCCUCCCCAGAUGCCAGCCUGGUCCCUGGAGAUGGAUACAGAGGAGCUCUGCCCCAGACUGGGCUGGAAGUCUGUUUAUGAGGACAAUGGAUAUUUCAGACUUGAAGCCUGAUUCUUUGUGUGCCCACCCCUUCACCUGUCAUUCACCACAUUCCUUGCCCUAGGUGGGCUCUAUCCCCCAGCCAUGUUGGAGCUUGCCAGGCUGAAGCCCCCGGUCACCCUUGUUCAUGGGAGUAAUGCCAGUGCCCCCUCCACAGGCUCCUACCUAUAAUCCUUGUGGGAUAUCAUUGCUCAGCCCCUCUCUCUGCUGGCAGUGCCCCUCUUUUAGGUGCUUUGCUAGGUUUGUGUCCUGUUCCUCCUCUCCUGUCUGGCACAGCUGUGGGAGGCACAGGCUGCAUGGACAGACUGCAAAGGCUGUGAGCCUCAGACUACCCCAAAGGAAGCGCCACAACUUACUGGCCCUGCCUUCUCCCUCCUGGGGCUGCACCAUGUCUCUGUGUUGCCCUACCCAGAGCCUUCUGCAGCAGGAGGGAAGUCACUUGUGCAUCCAGCCUUUCCUCAGAGCAUCUGGGUCUGGUGCAGCUGGAAGUAGGGCAGCAGGUGCUCUCCUGAUGGACCUUUAGUGCUCAGUCAGCAGUCUGACUCAGGGCUGGGAUGGCAUGAAAGAAGGAUACCAAACCCUCCCACCACACUUCUCUCCAUGGGGCUGGGUGGAACAGUUUGCACGCUCACUCUGCUGAGCAUCUCUUUGUGAACCCGCUGCAGGAUGGUGGAGAGCUGCACUCAACUGGUCCAGUGGCAGCAGUGAUGCAUCUUAUAUUUCCCAUAUGCUGAGUUAGAUUCAGCUGCCCUCCUUGCUCUUGUUUCCCCCUCAAUGCUAGACUUUGCACGGGGCUAGACGGGCAGUGCUGGGGUCAGUGCUGCUCUCAGGGAUCCCCUCCUGCCCCCCAACCUGGCAACAUGCAUCCUCUUAAGCUGACUCCUGCUAUUCCCCAAACUGGGCACAGGGCUUUGCAGGGAGCUCACCCAGCUGAGACACAACCCACCUGGGCAGACCAUGAACUCACCCUCUCCAGUUUUAGUAGAAAGAGGGAUUUGGAUUCCCAGGAACCAUCAGGGCUCCUAGCCCUGAGUCACGCCUGCAGUGGGAUGGAGUUUCACCAGCCGCCUGCCAUGGGGCAUGAGGCACCACAAUCCAUCUCCCCUGUUGAUGCUGUGAGCACUUGAUGCCAAGACAUCAAGCCAGGCCUUAAGCAAGGCUUUUGUAGAACUGUGUCUCUGAGACCAGGAGGUGGCCACAGAGGAGGAAAGCUGGUGGCUCUGAGCCUAGCAGACCUGCUUGGCACUAUUGGGUGGACAGUGGUUGUGAAGGGGGUUGCUGUUCACAUCUUGGUUCUAGGAGAGGAUACUACUGCUGCUGCGUGUGGUCUGUGAAGUCCCUCUGCACUCACACGUAGCUGUGCCCACUGGGUAGUGCUGGGUGGCAAUGUUUGAAUCCCUCCUACUACCAAGAAAAGGAUAUGAGGAUACUGUAGGGAACUAGAAUGCCCUUCAACUUUUUUCCCAGGUGCAAGGUUUCCUUGAAGGAUGGGGGAUGCUGCACUGGAGAACAGAGGGGCAGGGCAGUGCAGGGUUCCCAGGGGCCAGUGUCAGUAUUGGCAAAUAAUAAUGAUAGUGUACUAAUGCAUUGACAGCUGGGACACUCCAGAAGUGCCUGGAGUUCUCAUCAGCACUGCUGGCAGACCACUGAUAGACAAGGCACUGUCAUCUUCUCAGAGGUCCACACCACUGCUGCCCUAGACAGGAUGCCCAACUUGGCCCAGAGGCAUUUAAAGCCUCAGCUUUUCCCUUUCUCCCUUAUAGGUUUUGUACAGGUAGUUGAGAGACACACUGUCCCCCUCCCUGCCUGGCCCCUCCGUGCAUCUGUGAGCUGAGUUGCUGUGCAAUUCCAAGCCUGCUUAUAUUUUGGAGAAGGAGGGGGUGUUGGUUACCCUGCCCCCUGAGGGCAGGGGUUCUGUGCAAUACCUGGGUCUGUGUUUCUUAGACACUGUUGUAGGAUUGUAUUUUUGUAACUACGUGAGGAUGCUGGCUCCAGCCGGCCCAGGGCCUGGCGUGAGCCUGUGUUCCCAUUGCUUUUCAACUUUGACUGUUUGGAUGUUGUUGUUUCUUGCCACUGAAAUAAACAAAUUGAUGUUUUAG